GCGCCUCUGCGGGACACCCGGGCGAGCGUCAGCAACACAAAACUCAGCGCUGGGAGGCGAGCUCCGCGCACGCCCGCCGUUUCCCCACGGAAGUUUCAGGUCCCAGCCCAGAUCCACGGAACGAGCAUGUCCAGAAUACCUGAGCCCUGAGCGUAGUACGGCCCAGCAGCGUGCGGUGGUUUGAAAGCUCGGCUCGAACACAGCGGACUUCAGAAGCAGCCGGUGGCGCAGUUCCCGGGACCCUCAGCCCCGUCCCCGCCCCAGACCCUGAGGCAGCCGCUUUUACCCAGCGGGCUCUGUGUGCAGUCCGUGAAGACCAGCAAGCUUUCCGGCCCGUGGAGCAGGCCCGCCGCCCACAUGUCCUCUCUGCUGAUCCAUCAUCCCCAGUAUGCCUGGCUGCAAGACCUGGGGCUCCGCGAGGAUAACGAGGGCGUGUAUAAUGGAAGCUGGGGCGGCCGGGGAGAGGUAAUUACGACCUAUUGUCCUGCUAACAAUGAGCCAAUAGCAAGAGUCCGACAGGCCAGCCUGAAAGACUAUGAAGAAACCAUAGGGAAAGCCAAGAAAGCCUGGAACAUCUGGGCAGAUAUUCCUGCCCCAAAGCGAGGAGAAAUAGUCAGAAAGAUCGGCGAUGCCUUUCGGGAGAAGAUCCAAUUACUGGGGAGACUGGUGUCUUUGGAGAUGGGGAAAAUCCUAGUGGAAGGAGUAGGAGAGGUUCAGGAGUACGUGGACGUCUGUGACUAUGCUGCCGGCUUGUCGAGGAUGAUCGGGGGACCCACCUUGCCUUCUGAAAGACCUGGCCAUGCACUCAUAGAACAGUGGAAUCCCUUGGGCCUGGUGGGAAUCAUCACUGCCUUCAAUUUUCCCGUGGCUGUGUUUGGCUGGAACAAUGCCAUAUCUCUGAUCACAGGGAACGUCUGCCUUUGGAAAGGAGCACCGACAACUUCCCUCGUUAGUGUAGCUGUCACAAAGAUCAUAGCCCAGGUUUUGGAGGACAACCUGCUGCCCGGUGCCAUUUGUUCCCUGGUUUGUGGAGGAGCAGAUAUCGGUACAACGAUGGCCAGAGAUGAGCGCGUGAACCUGCUGUCCUUCACUGGGAGCACUCAGGUGGGGAAGGAGGUGGCCCUCAUGGUGCAGGAGAGGUUUGGGAAGAGCUUGUUGGAGCUUGGAGGAAACAAUGCCAUUAUUGCUUUCGAGGACGCAGACCUCAGUUUGGUUCUUCCAUCGGCUCUGUUUGCCGCCGUGGGGACAGCUGGGCAAAGGUGUACCACUGUGAGGCGACUGUUUUUGCACGAAAGCAUCCAUAAUGAAGUUGUGGACAGACUGAAAAGUGCCUACUCACAGAUCCGUGUUGGGAACCCCUGGGACCCCAAUAUUCUCUAUGGACCGCUCCAUACCAAACAGGCAGUGAGCAUGUUUGUGAGAGCCGUGGAAGAAGCAAAGAAACAAGGAGGCACCGUGGUCUAUGGGGGCAAGGUCAUGGACCACCCUGGCAACUACGUGGAACCCACCAUUGUGACCGGUCUUGCCCAUGAUGCACCCAUUGUUCACAAGGAGACUUUUGCCCCAAUCCUCUAUGUCUUCAAAUUCCAGGAGGAAGAAGAGGUCUUUGAAUGGAACAAUGAAGUAAAACAGGGACUUUCAAGCAGCAUCUUUACCAAAGAUCUGGGCAGAAUCUUCCGCUGGCUUGGGCCCAAAGGUUCCGACUGUGGCAUCGUGAACGUCAAUAUUCCUACCAGUGGGGCUGAGAUCGGCGGUGCGUUUGGAGGAGAGAAGCACACUGGCGGUGGCCGUGAGUCUGGCAGCGAUGCCUGGAAGCAGUACAUGCGGAGAUCCACGUGUACCAUCAACUACAGCACGUCCCUCCCUCUGGCUCAAGGAAUCAAGUUUCAGUGAUACUGCAGCAGCUUGACAUCCCUUAGCCAUUCCUGCUGCGGCUCUGAGGAAGCCUGAGAGGACUCCAAUUUGCCCUGGAUAAAUGAUCGCUUUGAGUACAGACAGCAGUGUCUAAUCUCCAGUGAUCCCAGACCCCUGACUAAAUCAAGAUACCCAUUUAUAAAAAAAAUUCAAAAUUAAAUAUUCACAACCUAGCUACAUUUGGCAAAAGAUAGGUUUGGUGAUUUUUUAUGUUACUAAUUACUUUUUUAUUACAGCUAAUCAUUUCUUAGUGAUGUACGUGCCAUCAUAGGAGGUUGGGGCCAUGGAAAAUGGAAUAGAAAGGAAGAAGUCUUUGCAGUGGAGAUAUGAGGACUGUCUUCUAAGCAGUGCUGAAUACUCAUGGUCCCCUCCUGGCAGGGAUUGAAGGGGAGAGAUUCCCCUCACAUGCUGGAGACCUUAGCACACUUUCAUGUACAUGAUUUGCAGUGUUCCAAAUGACAAUGGGUUAUUGUUGGGUGAGGUGAGGAACUUAACACUAUUGUGAAUGGUUGCUGGGAUGUGUAAAGUCCUGGGUUCAAAUCUCAGCACCGCAACAACAAAAAUAAUGUUCACCCAGUGAUGACUGCUCCUGACUGUCAGCCAGAAAGAAAUGUGCAGGGUUAGAACCUUCGUUCCUGUUCCAAGCCUUGCUGGGAAUUUAGGGACUGAAGUUGCUCAUGACAGCACAUCUGGAUGCUUCGAGCCACCUCAGGCUUCUGCAGCUGCUCAUGGGUUUCUUCUCAGGGAAGGUCACUGCUGAGAGUCUCAGGUCUCACUGGGAAGCUGAGCUGGGCACAGAGGUGCCUGUUCUCCUGUGGUGCUGUGGCUCUGUACUUCUGCGUAGCAGUCACCACUGGGCCUGUUCCUGCCACAUCAGGCUCAUGGAAAAACCUUUGGGGAAUAGGACAUUGUAGGCAACAUGAGUCGUCAUGGUGUGGAAAGAUUUGGACAACAGUCAGAAAUCUGGGGGACCAACUUAGUGUGAGGAAGAAGCAGGUGGAACAUUAAUAAUAACAUAUUAAAUAAUAUAGUAAUAUACAUUUAUAUAAUUAAAUUUGUAGUAGAUUUGACUAUAAAAAUUAAAGGGGUUGUGAAUGUGGCUCGGUUAGGUAGGGUACUUGCCACCCAGUGCCUGGGGUCCUAUUUCCAGCACUGCCUAAAUUAAUACAAAUCCAUGCAUUUAAGUCAGAUCUGUUCGAAAGCUAUAAAUGCGUGUUCACACUGCUCCAUUGUCACCUGUGAGUAGCAUUGACCUGGGCAUGUCCUUGCCAUCGCUGAAUACGAGCCAAGCCAGAUACUGAUGAUGGACCUGGGUGUGUGGGCAAGAACACUGAGGGCAGGGAACAGUUCAUUUCUUAUGAAAAACAAACAGUGCCCCUGAUUACUAGUAAGAAACUGACGUGGCUUGCUAAGGUCUGGAGGUGGGCUCUGAAUCAUUGCUAUCUGCAAGGACACGUCGCUCUUUUUCUUUUUUCUUUUUUCUUUUUCUUUUCUUUUUCUUUUUCUUUUUUUUGUUUUGUUUUGUUUUGA